CUUGCUCCCUCCCUUUGAUUCAAAACGUCUUUGACUCUCUCUCUCUCUCGUUGCGUUCUUCCUCUCUCCUUCCCGGUGUUCCUUCCACGCCUUCUCUAGAAGUUAUGAUUCCAGACCGAAUCCUGGGGUCCCUUUGAUUCUAGUUGGUCUCCAUUCCCCUCUUCUUCCCCUCUUUAUUAGGGCUAAAGCUCCCCCCUCUUCUACCCGGAUGCCCCCAUAAAGGCGUCUCCUUUGGGGCUCCCCUCUCCCCAUUUGGCCCUCCUUUAAUCCAUCCGCCCUCAAAGGAGCCACCUCUGGCCCUCCGCAGCUCGAAAUUUGGGAUUUUGAUCUCGGUGCUGGACAUAAUUGGAGGGAACUAGGGCUCCGGAUCGAUGUCGGUGCCGGCGAUCGUGUUCUACGCCAGCGCGCCGAGCGGCGUCUGCUCGAGCCCCCACUAUUCUUUCCAAAUUGGCUCGUCUCAUGGGUCGCCGGACUACGAGCUGAAUUCUAGGCUGCCGGCCUCUUCGACGACGGUGACCACCGCCUCCUUGGGCUCCGGCCAGAAGCCGGUGCUCGGCGGGCUCUCGUGCCUCUUCUCCUCGCCUUCCACUCGGUAUGCACCCUCGGCCGCCACCUCGAGCUUUGCCGGCGGGGAUGAUCUUGGCUUGCUGGGGCGUGAUCGAUCGGAUGAGCUUGGGAGCUCGUUUUCUUACUCCCCGUACUCGUCUUCGGUGAGGGGUCGAGACCUCAGCCCGGUGUCUGUGUUCCAGGGCCCGGGUUCCUGCAGUGGAAGCAUUGGAAUGGCGGUGGGCUGUUCUUCGAGGAGUCCGCCGUGUUUGCGAUCAUCCAGGGAGUGGAACGGGGGUGAUCUGAGGGCGGGAAGAGAGAGGCUUUUUAAUGGAUUUGUUAGGAAUGCAAGCUCUUGUUUGGAUUAUGAUUCCACAAGCUUUCCGAUGCCGGGUGGUGGAGGUGGGAUCGAUGUGGAAGAAUUUCCAUUGAAUGCGGAGGAAGGAUUGGGUGAGCUUGGCCCGAACUGUGAGCCUUAUGCCAGGGAGUUGCUCUCUGGAGCUCAGUUGAGACAUAAGAUUUUUAAGGAGGACUUUGUUGUAAAGGCGUUCUAUGAAGCUGAGAAAGCUCAUCGAGGACAGAUGAGGUUGAGUGGCGAUCCAUACUUGCAGCAUUGCGUGGAGACGGCGGUGUUGCUUGCAAAGAUUGGUGCUAACGCUACGGUUGUUGCUGCAGGACUUUUGCAUGAUACAUUUGAUGAUUCUUUUAUUUCUUAUGAUUAUAUUUCUCGGGGGUUUGGAGCUGGUGUAGCUGAUCUGGUUGAAGGGGUCUCAAAGCUGAGCCACUUGAGCAAACUUGCCCGGGAGAAUAAUACUGCAAGUCGAACCAUUGAGGCUGACCGACUACAUACAAUGUUUCUUGCGAUGGCAGAUGCCAGAGCAGUUCUCAUUAAACUGGCAGAUAGACUGCACAAUAUGAUGACAUUGGAAGCUUUGCCUAUGGUCAAACAACAAAGAUUUGCAAAGGAAACUUUGGAAAUAUUUGCUCCCUUAGCUAACCGACUGGGGAUCUCGAGCUGGAAGGAGAAGCUUGAGAAUCUGUGCUUCAAGCAUCUUUAUCCAGACCAGUACAAAGAACUAUCUUCCAAACUCCUUAGAUCCUUUGAUGAAGCGAUGAUCGCAUCUGCCAUAGAGAAAUUAGACCGAGCCCUCAAGGAUGGUGGUGUUUCUUAUCAUGUUCUAUCCGGGAGACACAAGAGUUUGUACAGUAUCUACACCAAGAUGCUAAAGAAAAAGCUAAGCAUGGAUGAGAUCCACGACAUACAUGGGCUACGUUUGAUAGUCAAGAAUGAGGAAGAUUGUUACACGGCAUUGGAUAUUGUUCAUCAAUUAUGGCCUGAAGUUCCUGGGAAGUUCAAAGAUUACAUGACCCAUCCCAAAUUUAAUGGGUACCAAUCUCUGCACAGUGUUGUUCUGAGCGAAGACAUGCUGCCAUUGGAAGUACAAAUUCGGACUAGAGAUAUGCAUCUACAGGCAGAAUAUGGAUUUGCAGCCCAUUGGAGAUACAAGGAAGGCGAUAGCCAGCACUCUUCUUUUGUGCUUCAAAUGGUGGAAUGGGCCAGGUGGGUGGUCAGUUGGCAGUGUGAGACUAUGAACCUUGAUCGACCCUCAUCUGUUGGUGAUGCUGAUUCGAUCAGGCCACCGUGCCCAUUUCCUCAUCAUUCCGAUGACUGCCCCUGCUCAUACACCAAGCAAUGUGACCACAAAGGCCCCAUUUUUGUCAUCAUGCUGGAAAAUGAUAAGAUGUCUGUUCAUGAGUUUCCGACAAACUCGACGGUGAAGGAUCUGAUGGUGAGAGUUGGGAGAGCGAGUCAAAGAUGGCCUACUUAUGGCUUUGCAGUCAAGGAGGAUCUGAGACCAAGGUUGAACCAUGAGCCUGUGAGCGACCCUACUCAGAAGCUGAGGAUGGGUGAUGUGGUUGAGCUAAGCCCGGCAAUACCGGAUAAGUCCUUGACCGAGUGCAGGGAAGAAAUCCAGAGAAUGUAUGACCGGGAUUUCACAGUAACAAGCCAGGGCAAUUGGAGAAGCUGAGCCGUGCUUGUAGUUAUUUGUAUACAGAAACAUGCUGUACAGAAACUGUUACGUUCUGGAAUCAGAAGCUGGUUUCCAAUGCUGUAGAAAGUGUUGCUUCCUCUCCAGUUCUAAAUUCAAUGAAGUUCCUUUAUGGCAGCAGAUUUCUAUAUUGCAGACAGAAUUCUUGCACUUCUCUCUACAGAAAUAAAUGAUGCGAGGCUUGAUUGGGUCUUUUGACCCUUUCUCCAGGA